UAGGGAAGAACGAUAAAAGUAUAGAAAGGCCAGUAUUUUUUCCGAAAAAAAGGUGUCACCCUAGAUAAUUCCCCUCCUCUAUAUGGGAGGAGCCAAUUAGCCACCCCAUGUGCCAGGGAGCCAGACACAUUUCAGGCUGAACAUGCGGCACUUGCUGAGAUCCCCCCUCCUCAUCUUAGUGGUGUUUGUGGUUGUGACUGCAGCCCAGAAACCUACAGACCCAACCCAACUGCACUUGGACAAGUCUCACCAUGAAGAGGCCCGGGUUGGUACUAAUGUCACUUUAUGGUGCAACUUCACAACUAAAUCUGCUGCACAACUGGGACCCCUCACUGUCCACUGGACUAAGGACGGACACACCGUAUUCUUUCUGAACAAAACCUACACUUACCCCAACAAUACUUCAAUCAGUGAGGCAAAACUACAAAAAGGGGACGCAUCCCUGUCCCUGAGUAACAUCAGCAGAGAGGAUGCUGGGAUAUAUACCUGCUCCAUACAGCAUGGCACCAACAGGGGGUCACAGAAUGUAACACUCCGAAUCCUGGGUGAUGGAGACCCAAUGGGGCAGAAGGGUGAUGGGCCCAGUACCAAGCACAGGACACUGAAGAUUGGGAUGGUGACUGGAGUUCUUGUGGGUGCCUGGUGUGUGGCCUUCCUCAUCUUCUUUUGCUACAAGCCAUAAAGUACCUGCCAACAGGGAAUCCCUGGAGAGCCAAAGCCACCGGCAGAGGAAUAUAAUAUAAAAGAAAAGAGUGCAACAGGACCAGGACUAGAAGACCUUACAACGUUGGUUUCCAUUUUGGUUACCAUAUUGAGCAGAAUGAAAAUGUUUACUUUUUGUUUAUCAUUUCUUGUCUUUGUUGGCAAUGAAUUUAGUACAAAGUCUUGGGCUGAGGGCAUAAGUAAUGUUUUUACUGUGAUGGUCCUACCAGAGAGAAUCCUGGCACUCAAAUUACCCACGAGCCCCUGUUCUUCCUAUACCCUCUCACUUUCCCCUCUCUGACUGACCCCCCCAGCGGCUGGCACAGUCCUUUCAAAAGGAGCAGGAGGAGUUGCAGCAGCAGCAGCAGUUUUAUAACCCUCACUUGUAUUAAACACUUUCCAAUAAGUAAA